ACGUCAUCUGUCGGCGCCGCGGAAAUACACGUGUGGCUCGAGGCGUGCGGCGCUACACGGUGGAAACUCUCUGGAAAAUAGCGAAGAAACUGAUCAUUUAAUACAGUAAACAUGGGUAAAAAGUUGAAAGUCGGGAAAACCAGAAAGGACAAGUUCUACCAUCUUGCUAAAGAAACCGGUUAUCGCUCCAGAUCGUCGUUUAAACUCAUUCAGCUCAAUCGGAAGUUCCAGUUUCUGCAGAAAGCUCGAGCUCUGCUGGAUCUGUGUGCGGCUCCGGGAGGAUGGUUGCAGGUGGCGUCGAAAUUCAUGCCGGUGUCCAGCUUGAUCAUCGGUGUGGAUCUGGUGCCGAUCAAACCCAUCCCGAACGUGGUCACGCUGCAGGAGGACAUCACCACAGAGAAAUGCAGACAGGCUCUCAGGAAGGAGCUGCAGAUGUGGAAGGUGGACGUGGUUCUGAACGACGGCGCUCCGAACGUGGGAGCGAACUGGCAGCACGACGCCUUCUCUCAGGCAAACCUGACACUGAUGGCGCUCAAACUGGCCUGCGAGUUCCUGAACAAAGGCGGCACCUUCAUCACCAAAGUCUUCCGGUCCAAAGAUUACCAGCCGCUCAUGUGGAUCUUCCAGCAGUUCUUCAAGAAGGUUCAGGCCACCAAACCGCAGGCCUCCAGAAACGAGUCCGCCGAGAUCUUCGUCGUCUGCCAGGGGUUUUUGGCUCCAGAUAAAAUUGACAACAAGUUCUUCGACCCAAAACAUGCUUUCAAAGAGGUCGACGUACAAGUGAAAACUGUCAAAGAGCUGGUUAGCAAGAAAAAACCCAAAGCUGAAGGCUACAGCGAUGGAGAUCUCACUCUAUAUCACACCUUCUCAGUGACCGAAUUUAUAAAAGCUGAAAACCCUGUUGACUUCUUGAGCAAAGCCAAUCAAAUAACCUUCGAUAACCCCGAGCUGGAAUCUCAUCCCGUCACGUCACCAGAAAUCAAAGAGUGCUGCGCCGAUAUUAAAGUCCUGGGCCGAAAGGAACUGCGUCUGCUGUUGUCAUGGAGAUCCAAGCUGAGGAAGUUCCUGGCUAAAAAACUGAAGCAGGAAGCCAAGGAGCUGGACCAGGAAAUGAGCUCAAGUGACGACGAUAGCGAUGUUGACGAGAAGGAAAGCAAGAAAAAGGGAGCCGGAAAGAAGGAUGAGGAAAACGCGGCGGACGAUGAGGAAGAGGAGAUGGAGCAGAAACUGGCGGAGAUGAAAGCCGAAGAGUUUGCAGAACUGAAACGGAAGAAGAAGAAGCUGCUGAAGGAGCGGCGUAAGCAGAGGGAGCGCGUGGAGCUGAAGAUGGAUCUUCCCGGCGUUUCGAUCGCCGACUCCAGCGACUCCUCCAUGUUUUCUCUCAGCGCCAUCAAAAAGGCCCAGGGUCUCAGUGAGAUCACACAGGGAGACAUGAAGGGAGCCGACGCUUUAGUGGAGGAGGAGGAAGAGGACGACGUACACGUCUCUGAUGAAGACCAGGACGAUCGCGUGUCUCUGGCCUCCGACCUCGACUCGGACGACCUCGAGGAGAUCGAGAAGAAAGAGAAGGAACUCGAGGAAAAGAUGCCCAAGAAGAAAAAAGUUUCGUUCGCCAACGAGCCGCAGGACGAAGAGGAAGCGAAUGGAAACGAGUUACUCGUCGAACUGGAAGGAAAAGACGAGAAGAGCGAGCGCGAGACCAACAUGUGGUUCAGCAAGGACAUCUUCGCCGAACUGGAUUUGGGCGACAACACCGACGCCUUGAACGAACUCAGACAAACCCAGCUGCUGCAGUCCGGGAGAGGCAUAAAGAGGAAAGCGGAAGAGGGGGCGGAGCCUGCCACACAGAAACAGGAAGUGGCCACGCCCACAAAGGAAGUGAACGCGAAUGACGACGACAGCGACUCUGAUGACGACAGCACUGACGAUGAGAGUGAAAUUGCGCAAAUGAAGCAAGCCGUCGGCGCAAGUGGAGCGACGGACGACGAUGACUUUCAAGUCGUUCCUAUUGAAAAAAUAAACAAACGUGCGCGAGUCCUUAACGCGGAGGGUUUGGCGCUCGGCGCUCAGAUCGCUACGUCCAAAAAGCGAGAGCGAGAUCUGAUCGACGGCUCCUUCCACAGGUUUGCGAACUCUGAGGAUAUGACCGAAAUUCCCGCCUGGUUUGUUGACGAUGAAAAGAAGCACCGGAAGAGGCCUGUUCCUGUUACCAGGGAGAUGGUGGAGGAAUACAAGCAGAAAUGGCGGGAAAUCAAUGCCCGGCCAAUCAAACGCGUCGCGGAGGCCAAAGCGCGCAAGAAGAGACAGAUGCUGAAGAAGAUGGAGCAGGCCAAGAAGAAGGCAGAAGCUGUGGUGAACACAGUGGAUAUUUCAGAGCGAGAGAAGAUGGCUCAGCUCAAGAGCAUCUACAAAAAGGCCGGCGUGGGGAAGGAGAAGCGUGACCUCACGUACGUCGUGGCCAAGAAGGGCGUGGGACGCCGGGUACGCCGACCCGCCGGAGUCAAGGGAACGUUCCGCGUGGUGGACGGACGGAUGAAGAAAGACACGAGAGCCACACAGAGAAAGGAGCAGAGGGGGCGGGGCAAAGGAGGGCGGGGCCAUAAAGGAGGGCGGGGCAUGAAGGCAGGAAAAGGACAUCCGAAAAAGAAGUGAUGGACGCCCGUCACACCCUCGUUCAGACUUGGUUGACCGAGCUGGUCGUGUCGUAUACGGGUCUAGCGCUGUACGCUAAUCCAGCCUAUCGUAAGGCUUUUCGAUAAUGACAACAGGCCAUUUUGCUCAGACUUUGACACGUGCGAUUAUAAAUAAGGGUUUGAACUCUUCAGACUGAUGAUGUUUUUCAGCAUUGUUAUAAUGCUGGGUGUUUUCAUGUCUAACAUAUACUUUGUGGUAUAUGAACUUCACGUGUGUACGAGAACUUCCUGAUCUUUCUGGAUUAAUUAUGCCAAUAUAUAUGUGAUUGUUAGUAACAUUUUAAAUAAAAACAUUGAAUGAUAAUGUCUUUUUAA